UUGACGGGCGGCCAUCUUGUUCUAUCACAUUCAUAUGUUUUUCGACAUAGUGUACGACGUUUGUGUUCGUUCAAAAGGAGGAUUAAAUAAUCUCAUUUCGCAAAGUGGUGAACUUAAUGUAACUAUUGUUUACAAUAUAAAUAAUUCAGUACAUUUUAUUUGCACUUUUUAAAAUAUAUAACACGCGUAGGCUAGGAAAUGCAAGCUGCAGAAGAAGAAGUUCAAGCUAAGUCACGCAAUGAUGAGGACUCCAUAAAUUUUAGGCCCUCACCAAACUUCAAGCAUAUGAAAAAAUAUUUAAAAUCAAAAUUCGAAGAAGCAAACCAAAUGUCUGAUCAGUCAUCUCCAACUGAAAUGACGGAUGCUUCAGCACGUACCAAUGUUCUUCAAGAUGUAAACCAUAAUGCCAAUGUGCAGCCCCCGCUGCCACCUAAUCCCCCACCACCAGAUUCACCACCCAUGAUAACCAACUUAAAACAAGAAAUUGUGGAUGAUGAGUAUCAGAACAACGAUACUAACUCUCAGGAAUUUAUUCAAACUGAUGAAUUAAGAACUACUAUUAAAACGGAUCAAUCAGAAGCAACGGAACAACCAAAUGUUAUUAUGUGCCGCAAUUUUGUGCGAGGCACUUGUAAGAAAGGCGCCGCCUGUAUAUUUGCUCAUAAAUUAAUUUUGUCACAAUUGCCUGGCGUAUAUACGUUUUGCCGCAACUUCCAAAACUCAGUCUGCUCAUUCCCAAAAUGUAAAUUUGUACAUGCAACCGUGUUUGAAAAAGAAUACUUCUUUAGAUCAGGCUAUUUGCCUCCACACACAUUAGCACAUCUUAAAGAGAACAUCUCAUCACAACCAGAUCCAUCGCCACAAGCAGAAGAAACUCCUGGAAAUACGCCUGCAGCUGCGUAUCCUUUAGGGCUAGCACCACCACCACCACCGGCUAAGCCAUGUAUGGUUCCUACCCAUAUGAAUUACGCAGUCCCUGACUCAACCUGCAAUAUCUACGGGACACCUGUUUUAGGCCAAAAACGUGAUUGGGCCGGCGAUGAACAUGAAGUCAGCAGCUCUACGGAGGUUCCCCUUCUCAGCAAUGGUCACUCACCCGCAAAGAAGUGCAAAAUGUGUGAUAGCACAGAAAUCAGGGAGGAGUUGCUGAAGAGGAGGUUUGAAAGCCACAAGCAAAAGAUAGAAGAACUAAACCAAAAGAAUAGGGUUUUGCAGAUGAAAACCGCAAGGAUUUCUUCUGUUGUGGCGGCACUUUUCAAACCGAAAAUGCCAGGUACUCAGGGUAAAGACAAUGGUUUGCUGGGUUCUCCAAAUUUCGCAGCCUACGUGGCCAAAAUGCUGCUGAACACCGACUCAGUGGUGCCCCCAGAUGCCUCGUGAUAUAGAUAGGAGUGGCUGACCGAACUGAAUAUAGUUACAGUAAUUAGAUAUAAGCGUAGAAUAGUCAAAAAGGAAAGUAUACAAAGCUGACAAAUGCUAAAUUUUCUUUAACUAAUCAUAUGUUUUGUUACAAAUGUAGAAAAACAUGUUUUUAUUGCUACAUUGCAAUUGAUAACUGAUAUUCGGCAUAAUUACGAUAGAUUAUGACCUGCAGCUGUAGCCAAAUGCCAUUUAGCGCUAGUCUACAUGUAGAUUAUAAAACUAAAUUAUAUGGG